AUGGAACCAGGAAAUGAGACUCAGCUUUCAGAAUUCUUUCUUCUGGGAUUCUCAGAUAAUCAACCCCAAAUUCAACUUCUCAUAUUUGGACUGUUCCUCUCCAUGUAUUUAGUGACUGUCACUGGGAACCUAUUCAUCAUCAUGGCCAUCAUUGUUGACUCCCACUUACACACACCCAUGUACAUCUUCCUCUCUAAUCUGUCCUUUGUGGACAUCUGCUUCACUUCCACCACUGUCCCACAAAUGCUGGUGAACAUUCACACAUGGAGCAAGGUUAUCACCUAUGCAAACUGCAUCACCCAGGUAUACUUUUUAUUACUUUUUUCAGUACUGGACAUCUUUCUGCUGACUGCAAUGGCCUAUGACCGCUAUGUGGCCAUCUGUCACCCCCUGCAUUAUAUGAUCAUUAUGAACACAAGAUGCUGUGGAUUGUUGAUUCUGGCAUGCUGGAUUAUAAGUGUUAUAAAUUCUUUGUUACACAGCUUUUUGGUAUUACGGCUGUCAUUCUGCACAGACCUGGAGAUCCCUCACUUUUACUGUGAACUUAAUCAGAUUGUCCACCAUGCCUGUUCUGACAUCUCUCUUAAUGACAUGGUGAUUUAUAUUGCAGCCAUGCUACUGGUUGUGGGACCCCUUUCUGGCAUCCUUUACUCUUACUCUAAGAUAGUAUCCUCAAUUUGUGCAAUCUCCUCAGCUCACGGAAAAUACAAAGCAUUUUCCACCUGUGCAUCUCACCUCUCAGUUGUCUCCUUAUUUUAUUGCACCCUCCUUGGAGUGUACCUCAGUUCUGCUGUGACCCAAAAUGCACAUGCCACUGCAAUGGCUUCAUUGAUGUACACUGUGGUGACCCCUAUGCUGAACCCUUUUAUCUAUAGUUUAAGGAACAAUGACAUGAAGAAGGCUCUGAAAAUAGUUUUAUUGAAGGUAACUAGCAGACCAAUGGCCUUGCCUUCUUAG